CCAGACCAAAAUGCGGUGCCGCGGGCCCUUUUGCUUGUUUCAGGUUGCCGAUUUGAAGUUUCAUGGCGCUGCUAAUUCCUGGUCCCGACACCACUCAAUCGUGUAGCUGUGAGCUUAGUAUGUGAUUGUGUGAAGAAUUUACUUUUAAGCCUACUCGAUGGCGGCGAGAUUGUUGAGAUCGGGUGGGCGGGGGACGUUCUAUUCACCGCAUCUGCAGCGGAUGCCUGGGUUUUCCUCGUCGACAGGUGCUGUGAGGCCUGCAAGUUCCGCUGCCGAAAUCUCAGCGGCUGCUUCCACUCUUAAGCCGGAAGAAGCAGGGAAGAAAUGGGGACUAUCAGUGCUUGUCCUCCUUGUGCCGUGCGCAGCUACUUUCGGUUUGGGUUCCUGGCAAUUGAUUCGUCGUGAGAAGAAGAUUGAGCUGUUGAAUUUCAGGCGAGAGCGAUUUGAGGAAGACCCAAUCGCUCUUGAGGAGGCACUUAGCAUCAAAAGUCAGAAUGCAGAAUCUGUCUCGGACGUCUUGCAAUAUAGAAAAGUGCACUGUGAAGGGAUCUUGGAUGAAUCAAGGUCCCUUUUUGUAGGACCACGUUCUAGAACUUUGUAUGGGGCAGCAGAGAAGGGAUACUAUAUGAUCACACCACUCAUCUGCAAAUCAAAAGACGAUGACAGAGUGCAGCUCCCGGUAUUGGUCAAUCAAGGAUGGGUGCCCUCUAGUACGCGAAAUCAAGCAUUGAAACAGGAGCAGCCUAUUCAUGUCGUGGUAAAAAGUGCACCCGAAGAGAAAAAAGUAAAGCAGAGUUCAUGGUGGGGCGGAUGGGGCAAACCUCAGGCCACUGAAAAGGGCUCGGUGGUGGUGGGAGAGGAUCCUGCAAAGCCCAUAGUCAAGGUGGUUGGUGUGAUUCGGGAUGGCGAACAGCCUAACAUGUUUGUUCCCAAUAAUCAACCGGAUAGAGGACAAUGGUUCUAUGUCGACGUUCCAGUUAUGGCCCAGGUGAUGCAUCUUCCUCCUGACGUUACCUACAUGGAGGCUGUAGCUGCAUCCUCGCCAGACAGGGAAGGCCGAAAGAAGUUUCCACUUCUUAAAGAGUCAGACUCGUUUUUGAAGUCGUCAGUCAUGCCUCAAGACCAUCUCAAUUACGCGCUUACUUGGUAUACACUAUCUGCUGCCACCACCUUCAUGACAGUGAAGCGAUUGAAGAGUGGUAAGCGUGGCCGAUAAGUGCCCUUAGGCAAGCAUUGGUCUUCAGCAUGCAUUUACUUAUUGAGUGAGCCCAGUCAUGCAUUUGGGAUUUCGUUCAAGGCCUUCGUUACAGUUUGUCUCAUGGGUUGGUGCAAUGUUCUCUGUUGCUUGACAACCCACUGAGCAUUGGCGUUUCUUAUGUAAUGAAAAACAUCAUUUGUUAACCAGUUUCAUUCCUAAAAAGUUCAUUAUUUGAUGCUGA